UAAUGUAAAAAAGAUUUAGAGAUCUGUUUCUUAAAGCUACAGGGUUUAAAAAAAUAAAAUAAAAAUGAGUGAAAAUACUUGAUGUUUCUUGAAAGAUAAAUUUAAUAAUAAUAAUAAAUACAUAAAUAAAUAAAAAGAAAGCCACAGGCCUGUAAAUUUUAUUUGUAAAAAAAGCAUUUCUAUUUUUAUACAAAAUUUUUACUGCCUCAGAAAUAAUGGAAGUUAUUUAUUGCCUAUUGUUAACUUAUUGGAUACCUAAAGAGCAGUCUCUGUACUAGCUAGAUCCUUUUGAAGUAGUCUCUAGAGUAAUCGGAGCAGGAAUGGGCCUUUUUUCACCGUUGAACCCUAGACCUAAAGUUCAUGCUUUAUCCUCUUGUUGUUUGUAUUUGUCUGGUUAUUUUGUUCGUAGUUUCCAUUACCUAGUUUAAAGUUCGGUUGUCUUGCCUUUCCCCUUAUGUGACAUUUGUUGAAACUGGUUCCUUUCCCCACCUCCCUCCCCUCACCCCAAAACCACCCGAAUCCAUCCCCUCUGUGCUCUCUCCGGAUGGAUUCCCUUGGGGUUUCAUUGUGCUGUGGACAAAGAUUGUUAGAAAUGCAAAUUAUGUGAACGGCUCCUAGGCUCCUAAAGAUGUGAGAUUUGCAUUAGUUUUCCUCUGCACCCAUGAAAGUGAUUUUGUUUCUGCUGCAUAGAUUCUGUGUAACUUUUUACUCUUCCUGUUUUUUCCCUAGACAUCUUCAUGCCCGUUAGUUCAUCGUUUGCCUAGCAUGUCCCUGUGGCGUCUCAAAAAAAAAGUUUCAUCGUCCAGUCAUUGUUUCUGAUGUCUUUCUGACCUCACAUCAUAUUUGGUUCUCCUACUGACCUUUGACCUAGUUUGACCUUUGAAAUUUGCAUGACCUCAUCUAGCUAUGAAUUCUGGGAAGUCAAUGUGAAAAAUAUUGCUGCAUUCAUGCAAGACUGAAAUUUAAUAUUAGACAAAUUAAUUAUAGAAAAAAAACCUGUGGCAAAAAUGUUUCUUUAUUUCUUUUUUUUUUUCUUUUCAUAAAACAGACUUGAAAGUAUUAUACAGGGAUUGGCAUUCUUCCCGGUCACUGGUAACAAUAGCAAUAUGUGUCCAGGGACACAGAAUGUUGGUUUCUAACAGACUACUUCCAAAAACAGUUUGAGAAAAAAAACUGUCUGAUUUUAAGUCUCUAGAGGUCUGUAAUAGUUUUUACAUUUUUCAGGCAGUGUAAAGUUUUUUGAUAAGGCCAUUUUAGGUGGCUCACUUUCUCAUUAAAAUAUAUAUAUAGAACCACUUUUUGUAGAUUAGUAUAAAAAAUAUUUACCCUGUUUUGGGGCAAAUGCUACCUAUUUGUGUCACCUUUUGCUGAACUGACUCACAGUUAGACAAUCCAUGGUUUAAUGCACAUGAAAUUACCUAUAUUUUAUACUGUUUCAAUGUACAGGAGAAAGGUUACUGUAAACCGUGUUACGUUGGUGCUUCUGUGAAUUAAGUUGUGGUUUCAUCAUGAGUCUUAUGGUCCUAAGUGUUCUAUGUUGAUAAGACAAGUUUAAAAAUUGGUUUACUUGAACAAAACAAAAAAAAAAAGAGUUUCAAAAAAAAGUUGUUUGCUUAAAAAAAUUUUCAUGUGAAAAAAAAAAAAACCUAUUCCAGAAUAAGUUUUGUGUUGGCUUGUGAAGCAUUGAUGUAUUUUUUUUUAUUGUGGACAAUUUAGAUGUGUUUGUGUUCAGCAAAAUGUGAUCUGUUUUUUUCUUUUAAAGGAAAAAAAAAACAGUGAAAAUAUUUAGUGCCAAAUUCCAAAGGUACUUCCUUCCUAGAGCUUCAGUGUGUUUCUUGUGAGAAGUAAUUUGAUAACAUGGGUAUUUUAUUAUGUGUUUUGUAUAAAUCCCUAAUAUUUAAAAAGAGGUUAAAAAGUUUGUUAACUUGCUAUCCUGUGGUCUUGUUGCCUGAAAUUGUUAUUGUUUGUUAUUUCUCUUUGAUGUUUUUUGUAAGACAUUGUAUAAGUGCCCAUGUUUCACUUUUUUAACCACUCUGCACAUCGAUGCUGUGAAGGCAAACCUCACAAUGUAUUUUCUUCAUAAUAUAUGGAAACCUCUAAGGUGAGAAAGUUUUGAACUUUUAACCCUUUCUACCCAGAGCUGUCUUGAAUGUUGAUAUCUUUUAUACAUUUAUCAUUUAUCCUGGGGUUCUUUUUUGCCAUAGAUCCUGCCUUGUUUAUGGUCUCUUUAAUUCAUGGUUGGAAGCCCCAAGUGCACAGGGCAGAUUUGAAGGACAAAAACAUUUUUCCACUCUCUAAAUUCCUCACCCCCAGCACCCCCUUUCUGAAGAGCCCAGUGUUUCAUCUUGGCUCAAAAUGCUAUUAAGGUGCUGCUGAAAGAAGCUUCUCAGUAUUUACGAAACACAGAGCUCAGUGCAGCACCUGAUGAAAUCUUUAAAACCCAGUAUGCUUUUGGAGUCAGGUACAGUAGUGCUUCCUGGCUGGGAACUUUUGAAUGUGCAGUGCAGUUUGAACUACUAUUUUUUUUCUCUGGAUAAAGUUUACAAUAGGCUGAUGGGCUGGGGGUGGGAAGUCUCUGACCCGCCAGUAACAACUGUGCAAGCAAGGUGCCCGGAUUAGAAGCGAGUAGCCCUUUCACUGCCUUUUUCUGUUCGUUCGUUGGAUUUGAAUGCAUUUCAGAGACUGCACAAGUGAAACUUGCUUCUUCAUUACUGUCAACCAAAACUGUUUGCCAAUCAAAUACCUAUCAGCAUUACCUGCUACUGUUUCUUUGAAAGUGCCAUAUUUCUCUGCACAAUGUAGAAAAAAGAUCAUGUAAGGCCUGGAAAAAAAAAAUGAAUGCCAUUAAAAAAAAAAAAAAUAAUCAAAGCCCUCUGCAAACAGGUCAUUGAAAUCUUGUGGUGCAGUUUGGUUUCCUUCUCUCUUUCCUAUCCUACCUUCCCUCCACUCUCUCCCCACCCGCUUCCUUUGGUUAAUGUGUGUGGAUGUGAAAGCCCUGGGUUGAAAAGGACUAGUCUGUAAUGAUGCAAAAAAAAAUUUCCUUCUUAUAGCACAUGCACUUAUAACUAAAUGAUUUUUAUUCUCCUCACACGUGUUUACUACUGCUGAGGCCUUCCUUCAUCCUUCGAGGGCUAUUUUGUACUUCCUGCAGAAAUCUGCUUAUGAACAAAAAGUUAUCACCCCUAUGUCUCUCUCAUAUAUAUAUUAUAUACUGUGUAGGCAUAUAUACAUAUAUAUAUGAGCACAAGAGAACAUCAUUUGAAUCUCUUAGACUGUUUCACUCAGAAUCUUCUCAUUUGUCAACCAUGUAAAUUUCCAAAGUUUUUUUAGUUGUUGUUUUUUUUCCAGAUUGCUUCCACAUCAUAGUUUACCUCUUUCCCCUCUUCCCACCCUCCCAUCUACCGGAGUGGACUGAACACAGUUCAGUAGGAGGUUUAGGGUGAGCCUUUUAUUUGAGCAUUUCUGAUUUAGCAGGCAAGCAAGACAAUACAUUGCAUGGGAAAGUUUGGCCCCUUUUUUUAAAUAUUUGUUGUCAUUAUUAAGCAAGUUAUAGUCCCUCUUUAGAGACAGGUUAGCUCCAGUUCCCUCUGACACUAUGAAAAGGCAAAGCUGUAAGAGGGUAAAGGGCCCUAGGCCAGAAGAAAAUGGGGAAAAAAAAAAAGCCACAGGGCAACUGCUGAAAGAAAAUAUAUCAAACGGUCAUCUUAAAACUAAAUUAGAGAUUUGCAAUGAAAUGGCAGUCCUCAAAGGCAUAACAAGUUCAUCUUUCUUUCACCGUAGGGGUUCUAGUUCUUUGGCUUGUGCUACUCUGGAAUCAUUUUACUGUUUCUGUUUUUAUUAUCUUAAGUGCUAACGAACAAGGAAAAAAAAAUCUGUAGUUUCAUUACCUUUUUGGAUAAUGUCAUACAAAAAAAUGUAUUUGUGUUUUUUUUGUGCUGUGAGAAUUGUUGUUUGUAGACUAAAUAAUACAAUCAUUUUGUUUGGAAUUAUAAAAUAGUUUUUAAGUAUUGUCUGAGAAAAGCCAAAGUAAAUGCAACCUAGUGGAAAACUGUAAGACCAUUUGAGUAUUGUUUGUUUUAUUGAUGCAUUUGGAUUUUGUUGUUUGAUGGAAUUUGAGCCAAAAAACAAACAAAGUGCAGGCUUUCCUAUUUCUACACCUGAUUGUACUUAUGCAUUUUGUACCAGUGGAACUUUUUAUACUGGAGAUUAAAAACAAUGGAAAUUUUUGAGGGUCACUCUAGUGAGCCCCCAACCACGACUGAUUUCGAGUUUGAUUUCUGGUUGGUAGAAAGAAAGUUGGUUUUCUUUUGAGAAUUAAAAACUUUGGCUUGAUUUCUUUUUCCCUUUGCUUAUAUCUAGCGUUAGAAUUUUGUCUUAAAAAGCGGUAAGUUUCACUUUUUAUUCUGUAUUGUGCAGUUACACAAUAAGGUAAUUAGAUUAGGAGUACUCAGUCACUUUAAGUGGAUAAAUGUAUUAGUUAAAACUUUAGGGGUUUGCUUUUUUUGCUGUUUAGAUCAAAGUUUUUUCUGAUUCUUCUGUCCUCAUUGUGAACAUAAUCGUGUAGUUGAAACAGUCAAACUUAUUUUUGUAACGUAUGUUAUUGUGUGAUGCAGUUUUUUGCUUCUGUCUCCAAUAUUAAACCAUUUUCCUAAUA